CGGCUCGGUGCGCGCAGAGAAGCCAGCGAAAGCCGAGGCUCCCGUUUCACAGAGCCAUAGCAGACCGUCUUGCAGGGCAGUUCGGAGUGUUUCUCGUGGCAUGACUACUACAAACAAGGGACACAAAGCACUGAAGGUGAAGCGUGAGCCGGGCGAGAAUGGCACGAGCCUCACGGAUGACGAGCUGGUGUCGAUGUCGGUGCGCGAGCUGAACCAGCACCUGCGCGGCCUCUCCAAGGAGGAGAUCUUGCAGCUGAAGCAGCGGCGGCGAACGCUCAAGAACCGCGGCUACGCCGCUAGCUGCCGCGUCAAGCGCGUCACGCAGAAGGAGGAGCUGGAGAAGCAGAAGGCAGAGCUACAGCGGGAGGUGGAGAAGCUGGCCUCGGAGAACGCCAGCAUGAAGGUGGAGCUGGACGUGCUGCGCUCCAAGUACGAGGCGCUGCAGAGCUUUGCUAGGACUGUGGCCCGCGGGCCUGUGGCGCCCACCCGGGGCCCCAUCGCCUCCAUCGUCGGGCCCCUCAUCCCGGGCAAGGUGGCUGCCACCAGCGUCAUUACCAUCGUCAAGUCCAAAACGGAGGCGCGGUCGUAA